GGGCUGGGGAAGGCGGGAGUUAGGUGCUCGCCUCAGCAUGGCCGACGGCGGCGGCUGGCAGCCGCCGCGCCCCUGCGAAGCCUACCGCGCCGAGUGGAAGCUCUGCCGCAGCGCCGGGCACUUCCUGCACCACUACUACGUCCACGGAGAGCGGCCGGCGUGCGAGCAAUGGCGACGCGACCUGGACAGCUGUCGCGAGUGGGAGGAGCGCCGGAGCGCGGAGGCUCGGGUACCUGGGAGCUUCUGCCUGGCUUGGAACACGGAGCUCGACGUCUCCAGCGCUACUUGCCCAACCUCACCUGCGUGCAGGAUGCCCCACCACUGCAUAUUGCUGUGAACAGCCACGGUGGGCUGUCUCAUGCUCCCCUACCAGGGACAUUAGCACAGGAGAUGGCCAUCCGAAGGUCUAGAAUUCUCAGGUAAACUUUUGAGGAGUAGCCCUGACCCGUGUGGACAUGUAGAGUAACUAAAUGGUUGUGCAGUCAUGAACACCUUGUGGGGACGUUUUGUGCCACCUUGGUUUGGUGAUGACCAUGCAUUGCCACCCUUUGCUCACACUUGGCUAUGGCUGACUCUCUCAGUUCCUCUGCAGACACAGUUGGGGCGUGACCUCUGGACCAGCAAGCUGCACCUUCUAGGCUCAGGAGGUGAGAUUUCCGUUUUUCUGAAAUGCACACAGCUACAGAAUAUACCACCUUGCAUAAAAAGGGUUCAUGGACUCGUGGCUGAAGAAACCCAAACCCAGGACGAAUGGAAUUUUGGUCUGCUUCCCUCAAAAUUUUUAGAAAAUGUGGAAUAUGUCAAAAACCAUUUUACACAUUAGAUUCUAAAUAGAAGCUGAAAAUUAAUUCAACAGUUUAGUUGUUGAGAUUGUUAAAUUUCCCAUCUGACGUUGUACUCCGACUGCUGAAAUGAGGUCAAACUCCAACACCACCUUGUGAGGACAUAGCCAAUAGGUCAAGGAGAGGAAAAACCGACCUUACUGGUAACUCAAUCUUAGGAGUUAAAGCUUCCAGAACUGUGCAAAAUGUCACUUUCAGCCAUGCAGUCUAAAUGGCAUUUAGACCCCACAAGGUGUUCAUGACUGCACAACCAUUUAGUGGCAUUUAGUUCUGGCAGCCCCAGCACACUAAUACAGUCACCAUCCCAGCAUAAGAGUGCUCAGCCCCACUUGUCCCACCCUCCUGUGGGACACGGCAGUUUUGUUAAUUAGUGCGUCCCUGGCUUGCUCCACUCUCUUUAGCCUCCCUUCCCAGCUUAAAAUGCUAAGCUGGUCCGGCUGAUGAUGUGAGGAAGUUCAUGUGUUCUGUCAUGUGUUCUGUCUGUCCCACCCGUGCAGACAACACAAAGCAUACAGCCUGAACAUCCUUCAUCUUUGUUUCUUGCCUCCUGCUGGGGGGAAAUGGUCUUGAUCAUCCUAUCCCCAGUACCUGGCAUGGGGGGUGAUGGGGACAUUUGUAAUCAUGUAAACAAUCAAAAUAAAGUGAAAAUAAUUUUUUUUUUAAA